UGUGCGCAGCAAACUGUUUAUCGCUUUAUCAGUAUCAACUGGAGUAUCAAGUUCCAUUUUUUGCUGCUUCUCUCCUCUGAAAAUAGAGCCAACUAUUUCCCGCGUACCGUUCUCUCUUUUCGGUCAUUAGCUAAAGGAAAGUUGUUCCUCUCUCGCAAUAAACCCUAACCCGCGAUUCUCCUGUCAAUGGCGUGCGUGCUUUCUGUCCGAGUAAUCAACUAUUCGGAGAUAGUAAAAGCUUCUUCUAAUCAGUACUCCAAGUUCGACAAGAAGGACAGAGGGCCCAAUUCAGCUACUUCCACUCGUGGGAGAGGUACUCCCAGAUCUGCACACAGAACCCAGAAGCUGAAUUUGGAGGUUUCUCCACAUAGAGCUGUGUCCGCUGUGAGAUUGAUGCGAAUAGAACUUGGUGGCGCUUUUGCAGACCUUUUGAAUGAGAAAGGGAAAGGUUCCGGGGAUAAUGAGAUGGGGUAUGUUGAAAGAACUCUGGGGUUUCGAACACGGGUAUUGGAUGAUAGAGAUCUCAGACUGGUCACAGAUAUUGUUGGAGGUACAAUUCGUUGGAGAAGAUAUCUUGAUCAUUUGAUUCUUUCUUUGUGUCACGAUGAGAACACUUUUACGAGAAUGGAACCUCUUCUGUUACAGAUUCUUCGAAUUGGUUUCUACGAGAUCGUCAAGCUAGGAAUGCCCCCUUAUGCUGUCGUAGAUGAGAAUGUAAGGCUUGCAAAGGUGUCUCUUAGACCUGGUGCUGGUAAUAUGGUCAAUGGCAUUCUCAGGAAGUUACUUUUUCAUAAGGAAAACAACUCCCUUCCUUUACCCAAACUCGAAGGCGAUGACCGCGCACAUGCUCGUGCACUUGCCACCCUUUAUUCUCAUCCAGUUUGGAUGGUGAGACGAUGGACGAAGUAUCUAGGAGUUGAAGAAGCUAUUAAGUUGAUGAUAUGGAAUAAUACUGAUCCUAGUUUUAGCCUGAGGGCAAACAGUGGGAAAGGUUUUACAAGAGCUGACCUAGUGACGCGGCUUCAAAUGUUAAAGGUGCCACAUGAGAUUUCUCCGAAUCUGGAUGAUUUUGUCCGAAUCAAAACCGGAAUGCAGAGUGUGAUGCAAGCUGGAUUACUGAAAGAAGGUUUAUGUUCAGUCCAGGAUGAAAGUGCAGGUUUGGUGGUUUCUAUUGUGGAUCCACAACCUGGUGAGAGCAUUAUUGAUUGCUGUGCUGCUCCUGGAGGAAAGACCUUAUUCAUGGCAGCCCGACUAAGUGGUCGAGGUGCAAUAUCUGCAAUCGACAUAAACAAAGGAAGGUUGAGAAUCCUGAAAGAGGCUGCCAAGUUGCAGAAUGUUGACAAUGUUGUAACAACUGUCGAUGCCGAUCUUCGUACUUUUGCUGACCAAAAUCAGGAUAAGUCAAAUAAAAUUUUGUUGGAUGCUCCAUGUUCUGGGCUGGGUGUUCUUUCCAAGAGACCAGACUUACGGUGGAAUCGGAGGUGGGAGGAUAUGGAACAACUUAAGGCGUUACAAGAUGAUCUUCUUGAUGCAGCUUCUAUGUUGGUGAAGCCUGGUGGAGUACUAGUAUAUAGUACAUGUUCUAUUGAUCCUGGAGAAAAUGAAGAAAGGGUUGCUGCAUUUCUUCUCAGACAUCCAGAAUUCUGUGUUGAUCCUGUUGACAGCUAUGUGCCAGCUGAUUUUGUUACGGAACAUGGUUUCUAUUCCUCCAACCCUGUGAAGCAUUCAAUUGAUGGAGCCUUUGCAGCUCGUCUUGUUCGAUCAUCAUAAAAUGCAAUGUGAGCGAUGGAAUGCUUGAUAGUUGAAGUUGCACAAGGUCAGGAAGGAAGGAACUUCAACUGUUAAUUUGAUUCCUUGUGGGUUUCCGAAUUCUUAAUUUUUGCUGCUCUCUUUCGGAUCAUUGUUUCUUACAAAUAACUGGGGAAAGUGAAGAAGUAGCGAUCAUGCAAAAAAAAUUGUUUGGUAAGUGCAAAAGCUGUUUGCCGAAGUGAGGGGAGGCAGUGGCACUACUACCUUGCAAGACGAAAAGCGGAUAUCCAAAAAGAUGAGGGAUUUUCCAGCAUUUUAAACUUUAAGAAUUGGGUUGAACUCGAUUAUGACAUUGGAUGCAACAGCAGAGAGCUGGUUGAUCUGCUUAACAGGGAGGCCUAAUUAAGCUUAAUCGAAGUGAGAGUACUUAUGCCUGAGAUGAUUAGUGGAUUGUAUGUACAGUAUAUAUUAUUAGCCUGACAAUCAUAUGUAACGCUUGUAGGUUUAUCCUUCUUGUAAGACAUUUUGUAAUCAUAUCGUACCUAUUCCCCAGUGGCCAUUUCAGAAGUAAAAAUGUAACCUACAA